AUGGUAGGUGACUCAUCUGACAUCAAUAAGUCUAGAUGCGUUUCUGACUUCGUGGAACACAGGGGCUUCCUUAGCGCCUAUGGAUCCUAUCAGAUUUACUACGAAACCGUCGAGGGUAUCCUUAUCAUUCUAGGAGGAGUAGUAUCUAGUCCCAUCUAUGAUCGCGGCUUCGUCCGCAAGCUAUUAUUAGUAGGGUCUGCUUUGGUAGUCGCGGGCAUUAUCUUGCUAAGUUUGUCAACUAAAUUUUAUCAAGUUUUGUUGACGCAAGGCUUCUGCGUUGGUGUCGGCAGCGGUAUGCUGUAUACUCCCAGCAUCGCUUUGGUCUCUUCUUGUUUCCAUAAACGACGAGCCCAUGCUAUCUGCCUGGCGACGUGCGGAACCGCCUUUGGUGGAAUCUUAUACCCUAUCGUGUUUGUGAAGCUUCUUCCUCGGAUCGGUUUUGCGUGGACGACCCAAGUGCUGGGAUUGAUCACACUUGUCGAACUUACCAUCGCAAUGUCGAUCAUGAUACCACAUACGAAGCAACGCGCCCGAACCUCUGAGUCUCGCAGACUUUUUGAUCUUAAAGCGCUGUAUGAACCGAUGUUUGCAAUCUACUGCCUUGCCUUAUUCUUCAUGUGGAUAGCAUACUGGGUCCCGUUCUUCAUCAUCCCUAGCUUCGCGCGAUACAGACUUGGAGCAUCCUCGACACUGUCGUUCUACCUGCUUGCAGUUGCCCAUGCGGCGACAUUGCCUGGACGUAUCCUCGCUAUGCUUCUGGCUUCCUCGAUCGCGACUGGAGUGAUGCUUUCAGCUUGGACUGCCAUCUCCAUGCUCGGUCUCGCAAUGGCGCCCCUGGCUGUUUUGGUUCCUGCCAUCAUCCCACAGAUUUGUCCUCGGAAGGAAGUCGUGGGCGUUCGAAUGGGAAUGGCCUGGGCUUCAGCAUCUUUUGGGGUCUUGGUUGGGACUCCUGUUUCGGGCAAGUUGAUCAAUGUCGAGACUGGAUCGUUCUGGAAAGCUCAAGUAUUUAUAGGUGUGGCUAUGUUGGCAGGUUCUGCGUGUGUUGCAUUUCUGUGGCGCGCUAUCUCUCGAAGAGACAAAUUGUUGGCGACAGGACUGUAA